CGAGAAACUCUCAUGAUCUUUCAUUAAACCAUUUGUUUAUUUAAUAUAUCUGUGACGUAAUGAAGCUAGGAAGCAAGUUGCAAGUUGACAAUUAGUUUAUUGACAGUCAAAUUGAGAAGAUAGGGAAAAAGUCCGGGGUGAUGGUCUAGUGGCGCAGAGUCUCCAAUGGUCAGAUGAUCGUGGUGAGAAGAGUGAAGAGAAGUGUUGAACAGACACGGCGAAUCCGGGUAACAGCAAACAGGACACGAAACAGGGACAACGAGAGAACUGGACUGGAACUCUGAAGAGCGAACAACACCGGACAUCACAAACAACGAUCUGACAAGGAGAUGAGAGAGUGGUGAGAAUUUAAAGGGAAUGGGAAUGAGUAACAGCUGGUGAGAGGAGUGAUUGCGGCAGAGCGCUAAUCAUGGUACAAACAACACGCCCACACAUUCACGCACCCACACAACACACACUAAGAACAAGGCACGAGACAAGGAAGAGACAUAGGAUUAAAUACCGUGACAAUAUCUUGAAUUAAUCUCUGAACUUCAUACUUUCAUAUCUGAGAUUUUAAUGGUCUGUAUCUCCUCAGAAAUGGAGCAAAAAACAUUCAUCACUUUUAUUCUCUCAGCUGUCUUCAGUUCAUCUGCAUGUGUUGCACGUCAGUAUCACUUUGUGAAUCAGAAUUUGAACUGGACUGAUGCUCAGAGAUACUGCAGAGAGAAUUACACAGAUCUGGCCACCAUCAACAACAAGAAUGACAUAGAAGAUCUGCUGAAGAGUGUGAAUGAUGGUCAGAUUCAGUAUGUCUGGAUUGGACUGCAGAAGACAGUCAGUUAUAAAUGGAAGUGGUCUCUGGGUGACCCUGCGUUCUACACAGGAAAUAAUUCACAGUAUCGUAACUGGACACCGGGACAACCGAAUGGUGAUGGUGACUGUAGUAACAUGUAUACUGGACAAUGGAAUGAUUCCCCUUGUAAUAACAUCUUACCCUUCAUAUGUUACAAUGACAGCAGUAAAGGAUUCAUCCCUGUACUUCAGACAAUGACGUGGAGAGCUGCUCAGAAUUACUGCAGAGAGUAUCACACAGAUCUGGUCAGUGUGAGGAACCAGACUGAGAAUCAACAGAUUGAGAAGAUCAGGAAUGAUGCAAACAUAACAUCUGGAGUCUGGAUCGGUCUGUUCAGAGACUCAUGGGAGUGGUCAGAUCAGAGUAACUCCUCAUUCAGAAACUGGGGGAAAAACAUACCUGAUAAUUAUGGGGGGAAUGAAAACUGUGCAGUGGUUUGGGUAAAGUCAGACCGUGGACAAUGGGGUGACUGGAAGUGUGAUGGAAAAACUCAGUUUGUCUGUCAUGAAGAUAAACUGGUUUUGGUUCAACAGAAUCUGAGCUGGAAUGAAGCUCUGAGAUACUGCAGAGAGAAUCAUGUGGAUCUGGUGUCAGUUAACUCUGAACAGAUUCAGCGUCAGGUGAUGGAAUUGGCUAGAAAAGCCUCCACUGCUGAAGUGUGGUUGGGUUUACACCACUACUGCGCCAUGAACAUGUGGAUCUGGUUGAGGGGGGAGGUCGUGUGUUAUCAGAAUUGGGCUGCAGGUCACGGGACAGGAGUGGAAGACUGCAGGUAUGAACCGAGAGUUGGAGCAGUUCAGUCUGGAGGAGAUCAGCGCUGGAUCAGCCUUCCUCAAACUCACAAACUCAACUUCAUCUGCACCAACUCUGAAGACUGAAUCAAGCUGCUUUCCUUCAUCUUUACCACCAGUGGAGCCGCAUCUUCAUGUUUGAUGUUUUAUCAUGAAUUGUUUUUAUCAGUGUGUUAGUUCAUUCAUUUAUCUUGUGCUUGUGUGUGUGUAUAAUUUUUUUCUUUAUUGUGGUAUUACAGAUGUAUAUUAAUCCUUCUCAUGUUUCAAAUUCCAACAUCUAAUUAUCAUUUGAAUGUUAUUUUGCCGCUGAAGCAUUUCAAUAAUCAUGUUCCACUUCCUGUUUCAUUAAUAUUUCUGUAUCGAUGAAGACAUUCUUUUCUCCCAAUGUUCUGCUCAAUUAUCUUUCAUAUGUUUUGGGUAUUUUGUGUCUUGAUUAAGUUUGAA